GAUCUCCGGAGCCACGGUCCCGAGAGCGGCGGACCUGCCGCCUCCUUCAGGCCAGGACUUUGCAGGACACGAUGACUUCGACGAGUAAGGCGGUUGAAUUGCAGCUCCAGGUGAAGCACAAUGCAGAGGAACUGCAGGAUUUCAUGAGGGACCUGGAGCACUGGGAGAAGGACAUGAAGCAGAAGGAUCUGGAGCUGAGAAGGCAGAGUGGCGUUCCUGAGGAGAAUUUACCUCCUAUUCGAAAUGGGAAUUUUAGGAAAAAGAAGAAAGGUAAAACUAAAGAUUCUUCCAAAAAAACCAAAGAAGAAAACACAAAAAACAGAAUAAAGUCUUUCGAUUAUGAUGCCUGGGCAAAACUUGAUGUGGACAGUAUUCUUGAUGAGCUUGACAAAGAAGACAGCACCCAUGAUUCUGUGUCCCAGGAGUCAGAGUCGGACGAAGAUGGUGUUCGUGUGGAUGCCCAGAAGGCUCUUGUUCUAAAAGAAAAGGGCAAUAAGUACUUCAAGCAAAGAAAAUAUGAUGAAGCCAUUGAAUGCUACACGAAAGGCAUGAAUGCCGACCCUUACAAUCCUGUGCUGCCAACAAACAGAGCGUCCGCGUACUUCAGACUAAAGAAAUUUGCUGUCGCUGAGUCUGACUGUAAUUUGGCAAUUGCCUUAAGCAGGAAUUACACCAAGGCUUACGCCAGAAGAGGUGCUGCUCGGUUUGCUCUGCAGAAGUUAGAGGACGCCAGAAAAGAUUAUGAGAAAGUGUUAGAACUGGAACCAGAUAACUUUGAAGCAACAAACGAGCUCAGGAAAAUUAAUCAGGCUUUAACAUCCAAGGAGAACUCACGUCCCAAAGAAGCUGCUGCUGUGAGCAAGCCAGCUGCAGGAGAGAAAAAAACCACUGAAGACCAGCGGGGCAGGCAGAAGGCCAUCGCAGAGAAAGACCUGGGCAAUGGGUUUUUCAAAGAGGGGAAAUAUGAACAAGCAAUUGAAUGCUACACCCGAGGAAUAGCAGCGGACAACACCAACGCCCUACUCCCAGCUAACAGAGCAAUGGCCUAUCUCAAGAUUCAGAAAUAUGAAGAAGCUGAAAGAGACUGCACACAAGCUAUCUUACUAGAUGGUUCCUAUUCAAAAGCGUUUGCCAGAAGAGGAGCUGCAAGAACAUUUUUGGGAAAGAUCAAUGAGGCUAAGCAAGACUUUGAGACUGUUUUACUUCUGGAACCUGGAAAUAAGCAAGCAGCGACCGAGCUUUCCAGAAUCAAAAAGGAAUUAAUUGAGAAAGGACGCUGGGAUGAUGUCUUUCUUGACUCCACACAGAGACACAAUGUGGUGAAGCCCGUAGAUAAUCCCCCUCAUCGUGUGUUACCGAAAGCACUCAGGAAGGUGUUUAUUGAAGAAACUGGCAAUUUGAUAGAGACUGUUGAUGCAGCAGAUAGUUCUGCCACUGUCCCCGAGAUGGAUCGAGCGAUGGCAGCUGUGGGCACUGGAAGCAAGAAGAAUUCAAGCCAGGGCGUCUCUUUGCCUGCAGGGGAUACUCCAAGAGCCAAAGUGUUGAAGAUAGAAGCGAUCAGUGAGACUUCAGCCCCGCCAGCACAGGUGGACGUGAAGCAGGCCGUGCGUCAGCCUGUGAGUGAGAAGGCCUCUGUGAGGGCAGAGCAGCCGCCGCCGGAUCAGUUGGCCACUGCAGUUCUGCCUCCAGUUCCUGCCAACUCCUUCCAGCUCGAGGCUGACUUCAGACAGCUGAGAAGUUCCCCAGAGAUGCUCUAUCAGUAUGUAAAGAAAAUUGAACCAUCUUUGUAUCCGAAGUUGUUUCAGAAAAACCUAGAUCCAGAUGUAUUCAAUCAAAUCAUUAAAGUUUUACAUGACUUUUACAUUGAGAGGGAAAAACCAACUCUCAUCUUUGAAGUCUUAGAAAGACUUUCUCAACUGAGAAGGUUUGACAUGGCGGUGAUGUUUAUGUCAGGACCUGAGCGAAAGCUCACAAAUGUAUUAUUCAAUCACUUAGAAAAAUCAGAACUGAAGGAGGAUUCUAUUGAAGAACUCAAGAAAAGAUACGGCGGCUGACCUCCAUGCUUGGACUUUGCUGCCGCCUCUGUAUACGGUUACUGUCCUUCCUGAAAUCAAGUGUUUGGCUUUUUACGAAAGUGAAACCUUACCUGAGAGGACUUUCCUCUCUCUGGAUGGCUGUUGAUUCAUUGUAAGUGUUCUGUGGCCUAACUAGUGAGAAAUGCUUCAAAUAAACUAAGUUUUUAUGAGA